UAUCAUCUUAGCGAGCUAGCUAGCUAGCUCUUUCUCUAGCUCUAGCUAGCUAACUGUGCACAGAAGAUGGAAGGAGCGCGUUGGACGGCGAUCGUUUGUACGUGUCAGAACAGGGAGAGUGCUAAUGCCUUUCGUAAAGAGCUACAGAUCCGUCAGAAGAAGGGGAUCAUCUGUUCCGGAGCCGUCAUCAUGGCCGUGGAUGACCCCAAGCCCAACAUCGGUAGCGGGAGCGCCACGCUGAACGCUCUCAUCUCCGUCACGGAGUAUCUGGCCGCUCGCGGGGGACACAAGGUUGUGACAGCGGAGGUUCUCUACAAUGCCAGGAUUCUCAUCCUUCUCCUGGGCGCAACGUUCCCUUUCAGUCCGUGUGGCCACGCCUUCAUGCCGGCUCCAGACAAGGCAUCUUCCUCCCCCUCCUCUGAGGGAACUGGAGACAAUCAGCAACUGGACGCCGAGGUCACCAUGAACAUUGACCGCCUGAUGGAAAACAUGAUGAAGUUGAGUGAAAAUUCUCCUCCGGGGCUGUGGAUUGCUAGUACUGACAUGAUUCUCCACCAUCCACACCCCAUCAAACCACUGGAUAUGUCAGAUAUGAAGGACUGUGUGUGUGCCCUGACUGUGAAGACCACACCUCAGUACGCCAUGAAACACGGGGCUUGCAAGAUCAGCGAAAGUGGGGAAGUAUCUCGAAUACUUCACAUGGCCUCAGAGGAAGUCAUCAAAUCUUGGACCAAGGCAGACGGCACCUGUGACAUGUUGGCAGGUAUAGUCUAUGUUGGUCCCAGUGUAGCCAAGAGCAUGGUGUACAUCCACACUGUUCCUCCGCUGGAUGCCUGCACUUACUUUGGCCUGGACAAUGGAGCGCAGCCUCUCUCACUGUCUCUAUUCUUUGACAUCCUGCUGUGUAUGACGGCCGACAUUGAGGAAGAAGAGUUUGUAUCUGGUCAAUCCAGAGCAGGCCCAGCUCAGCAGUCGUCAGCCAUCAUGAGGAGAGCCAGGACACACCUCUGGAACACCUUCUCUGGCACCAAGAUGAGGGCAGUGCAUUUGGUCGGAGUACAGCACGACUACCUCAGACAUGUUGCUGCUGACGUCUGCAACAGAUACUUACAGUCUCACGAGGAGAAGCACUGUGUCAUCAACUCCAGGGUACAGUCCGAGGCCACCAUUGGAGACGGCUCCGUACUCAUCAACUGCAACAUUCAGCAUCCAAUAGUCAUUGGGGCCAACUGUUUCCUGUCUGGAGUGACCAACACACUACUGGAGCUGCAGGCUGCGGACCUCUCUCCCGUACUCUCCGUACCAGACGGCAUCGCCCUGCAGGAGAUCAGGGUUACCAUGGGAACGGCUCAGAAAUGCUUCCACUUGGACGUGGGCGUGGUCUACGGAAUCAACGACCUUCUCACCGCGAGUGAGGGGUCAGAGGGUGCCACCUUCUGCAAUAGACCGUGGAGUGAGUUCUUCGAGAGGACAAAAAUACAGUCAUCUGAACUGUGGCCCACAACUCCCCACAAUCUGCUGACAGCCAAGCUCUACGUGGCCAGUCACACUCACCCCGAGGCCACCACGGAAGACAUUCUCUGGCUGGCCAUCGGCUCUCCCUCAGAGGAAACCUUGCUCAGGUGGCGUUCUGCCUGGAGGGUGUCUCUGAUGGACAUUCUAAGACGUGUGGACAGCGAGGCUGAGUUCAAGAAGGGAAGGGACAUAGCGUUUCAGCUGCAGCUGGACCGGAUGGUGGCAGCUCUCAAGAACAAUGAGCUGGUCUGUUUCCUCUCGUUCUUCAAACAGUCUCUGGUGGAAAAUAGACAACAUGACCUGUUUGCAACUCUCGAUCACGUGGUUGAGGAAGUACUGGACAAGCCCCUGGUGAUCUGCCGGACGUACGCCUGCAUUGCCGACAUACUGGGCUACAUGGCAGGCGAGGUGGGGAUCAGGGGAGGUCCCGCUGCCAACAUCGCAUGGAGGAUGGCCUUCAACCUCCUGGAGAAAGAGGACUACCUUGCCGCAACACGCGCCCUGGCUGCCGAGAGAAAGAACUGGACUGACAACGGACCAGAUCGGAUCAUACGAGCAUCGCGCCACUACGAGCGGGCGGGGCACAUCAUCACCAGGAUGGGUGUGGCCACGGCCAAAAAGUUCAUCUCUGGCACUCAGUCCGAGCCUCCGCCCAUUGGCCAACCUGUCACUGUCACUGCUCCAGCUCGAAUCGAUAUUGCUGGAGGUUGGACUGACACACCUCCUCAAGCCUACGAGUGGGGCGGAGUUGUGGUCACCCUGGCAAUUAAGAUCAAUGACGAGAAACCAAUCAAGUGCACAGCGACACGGAUUGAGGGGUAAGCACAGAUCUUUUCGUGAUCUUUCCUUCCUCUUCUCCGUCCUCCGUCCUCUGUCCUCAUAUCUCAGUCUGAAGUUGGUGCUGGUCCAGUGUGGCAGUGAAGGGCAGGUUGUGGAGAGGAUCGAAGUGACCGAUCUCUCGCAUAUGCUCGAUUACUCACAGCCCCAUGCCCCUGGUGCACUGAUGAAGGCAGCGUUUGUGUGUGCUGGAGUGGUGGAGGUCCGGUCCAGUCAGAGCCUGGCAGAACAGCUCUCCAAGUACGGAGGUGGAUUUGAGCUGACGACCAUUUCAAACAUACCCCAGGGAUCAGGGCUUGGUACCAGCAGUAUUCUGGGAGGAGCUAUCAUGGCUGCGCUCUGGAGAGCCACUGGACAACAGCACACCAAAGACUCCCUCAUUCAUGCAGUGUUGUACCUGGAGCAGUUGUUGACCACGGGAGGAGGCUGGCAGGACCAGUGCGGGGGUAUGUACGGAGGGGCCAAGAUCUCCAAAUCUGAGAUUGGACUCCCCGUCAAAAUCAGUACUCAGGAAAUAGAGACUCCUGAUGGGUUUCUGGCAAAGCUGAAUGAGCACCUGAUGUUGAUCUACACCGGGAGAACACGGCUUGCCAGAAACCUUUUGCAGGAUGUACUAAGAAACUGGCACUCGAGGGAGGCCAGGAUCAUCCAGACGAUGACAGAGCUGGUGGCCAAUGCCGAGAAAGCCGCAGAUGCCAUCAGAAAUGGUGACCUGGCAGUCAUUGGCGACUGCCUCACCAAGUACGGGAAACAGAAGGUCGUAAUGGCUCCAGGCUCCCUUCCACAGUCAGUCCAAAUCUUCAUCAAAAAGGCCCAAAACCACAUACACGGGUGUAGCCUAGCUGGAGCAGGGGGUGGUGGGUUCCUAGUCGCCAUUGCAAAGUCGCCAGACGACAGACACCGCGUGGAAGAGAUUGUCAAUACUAGUCCAGAGUUGAAAGAGUUUAAACUGUAUUCAUCGUGUGUGGACAGAGACGGGCUGGUCUAUCAGUGACCUAGGAAUGUUUAUAUUGAACUCCUGAAUCACGAUAGGAUAUAAUACAUGGAUCAUCAUGACUGCUGCUGUUUGACAGCUUUUAGUUGAUAUUUGUGUGUAUGGGCUGUGUGGUCUCAGAAACGUGGUCCUCUGUGGAGCGUGAUGGUACCGUAUGGUUUGUCUUGACUGACAUUGAGUGCUUGUGACGUCACCAACUCUAGUAUGUGUGAGAAUGCUCUGCUGGCUGUCUUGCGUGAGCUGUUGGCUGGCAGCAACUCCUGAAACCUAACCUCCAGUCUUCCUCCCAUCCUGCUCGCAACAUGGCUG